AUGCUAACAACAUUCGGCAAGCAUUUUGCACGCGGAUUUGCCGAAGCCGCGUCCAAAGCAACAAAAAAGAAAGCUGCAGCAGCAUUUGGAAGGAAGGCAUUACCAGGAAUUGGCCGUAUCCUCAUGACAACAAGCUGCAAGGGUGGUGUCGGUAAAUCUACAGUUGCUCUUAACACAGCUCUUGCUCUUCAGAAGGCAGGAAUGAGAGUAGGCUUAUUUGAUGCUGAUAUUUACGGUCCAUCUGUCCCAACAAUGUUAAAUACAGAAGGUAAACCAUUAUAUUCCGAUGCAGAAGGAAAUUUCAUCCCAGUCGAGAAUUACGGAAUGCCAACAGUAUCAGUUGGUUACGGAAUAGGUCCUAAAAUGGCUAUGCUUUGGAAGGGACCAAUCGUCGGUAAGGUAAUUUCCGAUUUCCUUCGCAAUGCUAUCUGGCCAGAGCUUGACUACUUAGUUCUUGAUACUCCACCAGGCACAGGUGAUGUUUUAAUGUCUAUUGCACAAAAUGUUCCUGUAGAUGGCGCUAUUGUCGUUACACAACCACAGAAUGUCGCUGUAGCAGAUGUUGAGAGGAACUUUGAUAUGUUCAAACACCUCAAAAUCAAACCAGUCGGAAUUAUUCAGAAUAUGGAUGGAUUCCGCUGCGCAAAGUGCAAGACAGUUACAAAGAUCUUCCCAGGAGAUGGCGCUGCCAACCUUUCAAAGAAGUACAACGUUCCUCUUAUUGGAUCUAUCCCAAUCGACCCAGAAAUUGCUUCUUCUGGCGAUAAAGGUGUCCCGGCACUUUUGGCCCACCCAGAUUCUGAAUACGCAAAGAUUUUCGAGAAAAUUGCUAAGCAUGUUAUUGAAGCAAUUCCAAAGCAGAAACCAAGAUAUCCAGCAAGACAGCCAGUUGCCAUUGAGAAGGAAGAAUCCAAAUAA